AUGGCUCCGUCAUUACGGCUUGUCCCGCUCAGCUCACUAGACGAACGUGGCGACAACAAGCAAGCUACCACGAAUCCAGUGCUUUCACCGGCCUCUUUUCGCCAUGACGGUGCUGCCUUCGUCGCAUUCAACGGGGACAGGAAUUUCAUGCAAAACAUCCCCUCCCCGAAACACUCUUCCAUGCCGAAAUCAGCAAAGACCAUGAUGGGGGAGAUUCAUUGCACCAGCUGGGCAAACCUCAAUAUGCCCCAUCUCCUUCUCCUACCUCGUUAUCAUAUCUUCAAGGGUCCACUAUUCGAAUGUCUUGAUGUCAACAGGCGCAUCCUUCCUUCACAACGCGUCAGUAUCCCUGUAUACUCCAACAAGACCUGGGAGCGUGUACGGCUCCCCGAGAAAACCACUGAUCAAUGGCUUAAACUCGAGGGGUUUCUGCUGAAUGUCUUCCGGUGGGUAGACUCGAAACAUCGCCAACUAUGUCCUGGUGAAUAUCGAGGCAUCAUUCAUAACUUCCCAAUCUGUUUCGGCUACUCAAAAACCUACGACUCUUUAGAGGAGUUGACUCAAGCUGUUGCCAACUCUCGCGACGCCUUUCUUCCCCUUCUUGCUGGCAUCUCGAUUAGAAUGCUUGCCCUCGAUGGAUUUGAACGAUCAGAUGCCUUUGACGCGACGAAACAACCAAAAUGGCGUGAAACCUUGUUUCAAGCAGUCAACUUGGAACCUCAACUGUGGGAUGCUUUGGAAGAUGCUGUAACGGAAUGUGUCUCCCGCGCCAACUGGUUCUUUACGCUCAUCCUCAAAUUCAAGCUCUCCGUGCCAUUGUACUUCAAACUUGGCACUACAAGCGGUCUCCAAUUCAGCAAUCUGCCUUCCAUUCGUGCAUAUCGUCUCGAGAUUUACCAUGGCGAUUUAGAUCAAUUUCGUGCGUUACCAGAGCCCAAUCCCACUGUCGAAUGGGUUUUCAUCGACUCCACAAUUCGCCUGUUCGGUGUUCUUCCUAAUCCGGACUACCGUCCUGAAGCUCCACAAGCUCCUCUAUUACGUUGCACAAUUCGUGCAGAUCCUCCCUUGCCUCCUCCUGUUCCGCAAGCUGUCCCUGUUGAUCCCGGUAGCGGUCAACGCCAGGGAGAAACCAUUGUAGACUUCCUCGCACGCCGUCAACGUGCCAACGAGCGCACAGAGGCACGCGAAAGCCCAGAGAAGAAGAAAAGCCGCCUUCAACGAGAGGCCCAUGCUGCGGGCGGUGGGCCACCAGGUAGAAAUGCGUCUGCACGAGUUUUUAUCUGGGAAGAUACAAACAACGAUGAAGUUUUCAUUCGCCGCCCAAUCAACCGCGAUUUCGCAAUUGACUCGUGGGAUACAUUCUCUCCAAAUCAACGGAUCUAUGAUAGCUUUUCCAAUCAGUGGGAUCUUUGCCCCCAAAUUCCAGCUAGCGAGGACCCGGCAUGUUUCCAAGAUGGGUACUGGGACUACUUGGGCGGUGGGAAUGAGGACACCGAAAUGGCCGAAGCCCCAUCAAGUUCCAACGCUGUUGAGGAGGCUCAAUCCCAAAGCAACGACGACGGCUUUCCUAAUCUCCCUCAGGGGCUUCCUACCCGCAUUGUUGCUCUACUCAGUAAUGGGAAUGCCGCGCUUGAUAAUAUUGCUGAAUAUUAUGCAGCCGACAAGUCCAAGCCAACAAGUCCGGACCGCAUCACUCUGCAAGGCGGCCCAGUUACCAAGGACUUCGCUACAUCCAUGCUUCAAAUUCGCUUUGGUUACACAGACCACGAUGGCUCCUAUGCCAAUAAGACGACCGAAAAAACAGCGCUCAACGCUCUAGGGGAUGAUUUGGCUGGGUCUCCAAAAGAAGGUGUUAGGGCAUUACUUGAGUCUAUUCGCACCCAGAAGUCCUUGAGGACCAUCCAACCAGAGCUCAUGGAUUUGUUAUCGGAGCCAGACCUACUUUGGCAGAAUCGUUGUGUCGAUGUGCAGUACUUCUUCCAAGUCAAGGCAGAACUAUACGAGACGCAUGUCUUCAUAAUCAAGAUGCGCAGCGGAGACCCUCGGAGAAUUAUACUCUUCAAUGCGAGCUCUGUCCUCCAUAUCCUAAGGAUGCAAUUCUCAUCCUUCGAAGAGAUCGCCGAGGAGUUUGGUUUGCUUGGGACUGAGUUUUAUGCUGGUAUUGAAGGACCCACCCACCAAAUCCAGCCUGCGAUGCCAAGCGCCGAAUUUCAAAACCCUACCGACCACAGUGAAAUCAACUCACUGCACUUCCUCCGAGCCUUAGAGGCGCCGCCCAAGGCAAAAGGUGCUCAACGGACCAUCAAUGGCGUCUUUUUAGUCUUCGCAUAUUAUGUCAUAAGCGAGGGAACAAACUUGCUGGAUCGAGACGGUGUCCAAGCCAGCCUGGUCAAGUUUCACAACAGACUUGGCAUGCCUGUUCCAAAAGAUUGGAGUAUUUCCCGUAUUCAUGACGGCUUUUCAGGCCCGCUAUCACUAGCGCUGGGUUCAACCAUCUUAAUCAUCUUAAAUGACGACCGUGAUCUCACUGGUAGUCAUACGAGUCUUACUACGGAUGCCGCAACAUUUGAUUUGCAGAGAAUAGUACAGUACCGCAGCUCCCCCAAUUCCCUCCUAUGGAAGCUGGAAGACGUUGUGUGGAAGCUAGUGUUUGCCUCAGCGGCAGGAGAGUUUCAUCCGGCCUUGCUUUUUCACAAGCUCAAGGCCUCCCAACACUUCCAACACCUCAAAGGGUUGUGCCAGUGGCUCAUGGACCCAAUUCGGAUUCCAACUGCUAUGGCAAUGGAGUGGUAUUCCCUGGAAAUUAUGGAGGAUAACGACCAUCCGUCCAACCAAUCAAUAUCCAUGUCCAACGAGGAGUUACGAGCCAAGCGCCUUAGAGAAGAAGAUGAAGGAACAGCAGUUCGCCGCCGCCGCGUCGCCGACGAUGAUGCGAAGCCUAGGAAGCCCAAGUCGAAGGAUACAAAACCGAAGAAAUCCAAGCCCGACCUCAAGCCUAGAAAACUAAAAUCAAGCCAAGCAAAGCGGGGUAGUAACCACCCGAAUUCCGUGACCAAGCUGAAGCCAGUGGAGGUUGCCGGCUUCCGUUUUCCGAAUUAUCCACACCAGUUUCAGCAAAACCAGCCUGCUGCCCUUUUUGCGGUUUAUGCCCGCUCACCGCUAGGCAACGACGCCCCAACCGCAGCGAAAGCCUACGAGCAGCGCCAAGUCACUGGUGGACUUUCGGACUUGGGGGAUUUACCGGAAUGGAACGCAAGACGUUGUGCUGUGCAGCUCCAGAAAUGCAGAAUGAGUGCCCUACUGCGCCUCUGGAAGAUUGCCCAAACCAAAUACAAACGCGUCUUUAAACCUCUAAAGUGGAGUCGAUUUACCCAUAUGCAUCCAGAGUCGUUAUUAUCAUCGCAGCAGCGAGUUGCAGCAAGGAAGCGGGUGAUUAUGUUGUUUCACCGGAUUGAAACUCUUGAGCGCCAGAUAGAGGAGGAGGAGGAAGUGCUUGAAUUCGCACCGGCAAAGAGAACCCUUGCAAUCUUGUGUAAAGAUUCAGUUGCAGAGGCCUAA